CGUGUUUUUCUCCCUCUCAGAGGGAGGAUUAACUCUGCUCAUUAGGGCUCCCCCGCCCCUCGCCAUCGUCUCUCCUCCCCCUCCCUCCCCCGUCGGCCCGCCUCGCCGUCAUUGGCUGCUUCUCUCAGGACCACCGCUGACUGGAUCGCCGUGACUACAGGACACAGGAGAGCAGGGAGGAGGUGGGAUGGGUUGAUGUUGCCACGGUAAUAGAGGAGGCGACCACUCACCAAAUCAUCGAGCCGGGGAUGAAAUGGAGAAAAAAAAAAAAAAAGAAAAUCAAGUGAAGGGGUGCGGAAAGCGGGUUAGAGGGUGAGGGACUGAAAGGAGGAGAGGAGAGGAAAAACAAUAACAACAACAGCGAGGGAUUAGGCAUCGACGGAGCAAUCAGGAAGUCCAUUUAGGACAAAGCGGCGUUAAAAAAUCCUCCCGGACUUUAGCCGUGGUCGUCAGAGCUGAGCUGCCAGUCCGAUUGGACAGCUGCUCAAGAUCUGUGGGGGCAAAAAACACACACACACACACACACACACACACAAAGGAUGAAAUAAGAAUGAAAAAAUGGAAAACGGCUCCUGUACCUCUUCGCUGCUGUGAUAUUUCACUGCUGGUGAUGAGUGAGAGGAGGUAAGCUGGCCAGUGAGGUGCCUGGGGCACAGAAAUAGAAACAGAGAGAGAGAGAGAGAGAGAGAGAGAUAGAGGGAGAGAGACAUUGGUGGAUAUGAAGAGCAUGCAUCAGCACUAAGGCAACAAGAGCAGUUUGGAGAGAGAGACAGCAGAGAUGAGCAUGGAGAGCGAGGUGGAGCGUGAGACAGAUUGAGGGUAGAGGUUAUUGCCGUGGCGUAUGAUGGGACGACAGAAAUAGAGCCUGCUGGAUUUGUCACCUCCAAUGCCACACCUUGGCUGCAUCAUCCCAACGCUCCACCCUGGCUGCAGCAGCUCCUGCACAUGGGAUUUCCUCGUCUCGGUGGACAAUAACAAGCAGUAAGUUAAUUUGGACAGAUCAUUUUAACACCUCGGAUGCUCUCUGAAGAUUCAAGCCAGUGGCAUGUGAAGAGGACAGACUGUGCUGUCUUAUAAAGAAGCAAAUUCUGUUUUUCAUCAGAAGAAGAAGAAUCCCUGCCUGCCCACAACAAUGCAAAAAUAGGAGCUAUGUUGAUUCUGCAGCUUGCCAGAGGAAUGCAUUACUAAAAAAGCUAUUUCCAUAAAGAUAAGCACCUGUGUUUUUACAGACUGAACACAGCCCUGCUAUCACUGUGUGAUCAUGAGGAACUCAUUGUCCGGCCAUUUGCAAGGAAAGCUGACUCAACCUAAAUGAGGGAGACAAUGAAGGUGGGAGUAUUGGAGGUACACAGCAGCAGCAGUUAGUCCUAUGGUGAUAUAUCUGAAACGAUGCAGUGCUGCACAGUGAAUGACAUGCAGAAUCCUGUACUUGUCUUCCUAAUGACAGCACAGACCUCGAGGCGGGCUGACUGACCGACUGACUGAUUAAGUGCGUGGGUUUCUCACUGACUGGAGCUGUGGCUAUUUGAGGACUGUGAGGACACGUAGCCCCGGGCAGGUACCGGCCGGGUGUCGGAGCCCCACAAUGGGGGAGACGGCAGAUUACCAGAGGCUGCAGGAGACGUCAGAGUCUGACUACCAACGGCUGCCCAGCGAUGACGAAGAGAAACUGGGCAGCAGCAUGCAGUGUGAGGAAGGCACAGAAUGGCUGCUGGAGCUGCUGAUGGAGGUGCAGUUGCAGCAGUACUUCCUGCGGAUCCGAGACGACCUCAACGUCACGCGGCUGUCACACUUCGACUAUGUCAAGAAUGAGGACCUGGAGAAAAUCGGCAUGGGUCGACCUGGACAGAGACGACUGUGGGAGGCUGUGAAAAGGAGGAAAGCCAUGUGCAAGCGCAAGUCCUGGAUGAGCAAGGUGUUCAGUGGUAAGCGUCCAGACGGAGGAGACUUCCCCCAGCAGAGCCAGCCGGCCUCCUCUUUCCGGAAGAUGUCUCCCACACCUCCACUGGGCCUGGGGGAGGGAGUCCUGGCCACACAGCCCGGCGGUGCUCCUCUUGACGGGCAGCAGCAGGCUCUGACCUGCCUCAUCCCAGAGAAGGACCUGACACUGUUUGAGAAACUGGGGGACGGCUCGUUUGGUGUCGUGAAGAGAGGAGAGUGGCUGACACCUGCAGGGAAGGUGCUGAAUGUAGCUGUGAAGUGUCUGAAGACGGAUGUGCUCAGCCAGCCCGACGCUCUGGAGGACUUCAUCUGUGAGGUCAACGCCAUGCACUCCCUGGACCACCAGAACCUCAUUCGCCUCUACGGUGUGGUGCUCACACACCCAAUGAAGAUGGUGACUGAGCUGGCUCCUCUCGGUUCUCUGCUGGAGCGUCUGCGUUGUGUUCGUCCACAGGGUCCGGUGUUGAUCCACACUCUGUGCCAGUAUGCGGUGCAGGUGGCUUGUGGCAUGGCCUAUCUGGAGCAGAGAAGGUUCAUCCACAGGGACCUGGCAGCCAGGAACAUCCUGUUGGCCUCGGCUCACAGAAUAAAGAUCGGUGACUUUGGUCUGAUGAGGGCGCUGCCCAACAACCACGAGCACUACGUCAUGCAGGAGCAUCGAAAAGUCCCGUUUGCAUGGUGCGCCCCAGAGAGUCUGAAGACCAGAACGUUCUCCCAUGCUACAGACACGUGGAUGUUUGGAGUCACUCUCUGGGAGAUGUUCACACAUGGACAGGAGCCUUGGCUGGGCCUAAAUGGAAGCCAGAUCCUGCACAAGAUUGAUAAAGAAGGUGAACGCCUCCCUAAGCCUGAAGACUGUCCGCAGGAUAUCUACCACGUGGUGCUGCAGUGUUGGGCUCAGAAACCAGACGACAGACCCACCUUUGUCGCCCUGCGUGAGUUCCUGCUGGAGACCAUGCCAACAGACAUGUGUGCUCUGCAGGACUUUGAUGAGCCUGACAAACUUCAGAUCCAGGUCAAUGAUGUCAUCACCAUCAUAGAGGGGAGGGCAGAGAACUACUGGUGGCGAGGUCAAAACAAGCGGACCCUCAAGGUCGGACCGUUCCCCAGAAAUGUGGUGACGUCAGUAGCAGGUUUGUCAGCUCACGACAUCAGCCGGCCGCUCAAGAACAGCUUCAUCCACACGGGACACGGAGACAGCAACCCUCACCGCUGCUGGGGCUUCCCCGACAGGAUCGAUGACUUGUACCUGGGUAAUCCCAUGGAUCCUCCUGAUGUCCUUGCUGUUGAUGUCAUUGCUGCUCGGGCCACACAGCUACCAGGACGAGCUAGAAAGGAGCCUCCUCCCCGUCCUCCUCAGCCAGCAGUGUUAAUCAAGAAGCCGUGCUAUGAUCCAGUAAACGAUGAUGAGGAUCUGUCUUCAGCAGGACUAAAGAGAUUAUCACUUCGGAAAACGGGUUCUGUCAAAGGCUUAAAACUCAAACCUGCUGCGUGGGUCUCUGCUUCCAAACAGGGGGGCGGCCGGACGCCAGGCUCAGGCCACAACCCCAACAGUGAAGUUUCCCUCAUUGACUUUGGGGAGGAGUUCCCCCCGCCCACACCAUCCCCCUCCCCUGUGGUUGAAAUUCAGAUUCCUUCACUGGCAAAGCUAGCGCUGGAAGCAGAGAACAUCCUGGACCGCACGCCGCCUCAGAGUCCGUCGAGAUCGUUGCCCCGCCCCCUUCACCCCACACCAGUAGUGGACUGGGACGCCCGACCAUUACCCCCACCCCCAGCCUACGAUGAUGUCGCUCAAGAUGAAGACGAUAUGGAGGUGAGCUCCAUCAACAGCUUGGAGCAGCAGCACGAAGAGGAGCAGGGCGACCUCCAUAACCCAGAUGAGGCUCUCUUCUCUCAGAAGGUGGAGGGUGAGACUCUUGUCUCCAGGGCUUCAGACAGAUCAGGCCUGGAGGACAACCUCUUCCUCCCCAGCAAGCAGGGCCAGGCUCUGUCCUCGUCCUUCUCCCAGUCUGCUGAGAUCUUCCAAGAACUCCAACAAGAGUGUAUGAGGAGGCUCAACGUACCGACUGGAAGUGCUGCACGGUCCGGCUCACCGUCCCAGAGCUCAGCUUCAUGCCCUCAGACUCCACAAACCCAGGACCAGCAGAGUGUCUUCUCCUCCAAUGAGGACAGACCCCAGAUCCCCCCACGUGUCCCCAUCCCGCCUCGUCCCAUAAAGAGGGGCGACUACACGUCUGCUCGCUGGUCAAGGGAUCUCUCCCUGUCACCGACACCAGCAGACACCAUAGAGGAUGUUUCAGGCCCAGGCCGGGAGCGACCGCCCCAGAUCCCUCCCAGGGACCCUUUGUCUCAGCCGGGCUCCAGGACUCCCAGCCCCAUGGGCCUGGUGGUGGGCUCCCCCCAGCAGAGAGCCUACUCUGUCAGCCCCACCACCAUGCAGGCUCCCCUUACCUCCUGCCCCUCCACACACACCUACGGCUCCUACCUCUCCACCUCUCCAGGUAAACUCAUGCCUACCACGCACAGCUUCGCCUCAGAUCCUAAAUAUGCUGCACCCAAAGUGAUCCAGGCCCAGGCGCAGGGGAAGGACGCCACAAGCAAGGGCCCCUGUAUCCUCCCCAUCGUCCGCGACGGACGCAAAGUCAGUAACACACACUAUUACCUUUUACCAGAGAGGCCGCCGUACCUCGACCGAUACGACCGCUUCUUCAGGGAGGCGGAGAGCCUCCCUGCCAGCGGCGUGGAGGAAAGGCACGUACGGCAAGCUAACACGGCCACAGUCCGCCCCAUGGUGGUCAGCAGCCAGACUCUCCAGGGACACGCCCAGGGACAGGGGUUUGUCCAGCCGGGCGAGCUGAAGGCUAAUUUCUCCUCCAACAACAACAGCAGUCUGGGCGGGCCGCGGUCAGGGAUGAAGACAUCAGUUAGUCUCCCUCGCGUCUGUUCAGACGGGCUGACGGCGGCGCUGGUCACUGCUCCCUGCACACGGACAGAUGGAGGAGGGAACUCAGCUGACAGGGUCAAAAUGGUGCAGGAGGCAGUUCACGGUGUCACCAUAGAGGAGUGCCAAGCCGCCCUGCAGAACCACAACUGGAAUGUCCAGAAAGCUGUUCAUUAUCUAAAGGUGGAGCAGUUGUUCUGUUUGGGUCUGAGGAGCAGGUCGGAGUGUCUAAAGCUGCUGGAGAUGUGUGACUGGAACCUGGAGGUGGCCAGCACUCAGAUGUUAGAUAACUAUGGAUCCUCAACAAGACAGAGACGGUGACAGAAAUCUCAAGCUGCUGAGCUCUGAUUGGAACUUUAUCCUCGGCAGAACAUCAUCAGAGGAGGUGAAUCUGCUCCUGACCCUUCACAUUCAUGCUUCAGACACGCCUCCAAUCACAAGACUGUUAUCGGACUAUAGAAAAAUCAAGCACAUUUUCACCAAUCUAGCACAAAAUACCAAGCUUUAUGAACUUGGACAAAGGAGUUUAGCACAAGGGUAAAUAAAAGAGAAGACAACUUUGGGUCAUCAGUGGACUUUGGUCUGAGAGUUAUGUGAUUACUAUUGGUGCAGAGCUGCAGUCUCGGUGCUGAGAGUCAAAGGUGAAAGCAGCCCGUUGUCGACCUGAAUCUAGAAAUUUAGUGGAAAUAGAAGAUCAGGGAAGCAGUUUGUCCAAGAUUUACUUCUUUUAAAGACCCACAAAACAGUCUAAUAUAUAUCAAAAAGGGUAUAAAGCAAGAUACCCUUUAUAAAGAGACAUGUAUGUGUUUGUUAACAAAUAUUGAUGUAUUAUUUUAAUAUAUUUUAAAAACAAUGCUCAGAGACAAGAGAAGACUGUUAUGUCCACAAUAGGGCAAACCAUUUUUUGAAUUAUUUAAAAGUGUCUCUCCUUGAGUUAAACACUGAUCUAUGACUGGUGCCACAUGUGGCUUGGGGACAAAAGGGCCACACAGUGAGUGGAAACUUCCUCCAGCUCCGAUAUCCUUAUUCCUUCUCUCUAAGCACUUUGCCCAAACAUAACUCCUGCACAUCAGCUGAAAACUCCAGCCAGCUGGGUAUUUUCUGCAGACUACGUUGGCAGCUAAUAACAGCAGCGUAGUGAAAUGUACCCCAAGGCACAGAUCCUGUCCCAUAAUCAUCUCUUAAAACCACAACUGUGAUAUUUUGGUCAGCAGCUUUGGGGGCAAUAAUUUAAAACUGGGAGGACGUGUCAGCUCUGGGUGAACUCACCGCUGGACGUGAAAAUACAUUUUCUGACUGGCUAUUGUCACAGCAAUGCCCCUGGCGAUAAACAUAAAGAAACUUUUGGGCCUUUCUGUCCUCUGUUUUAUUUCUAUAGAAGCCCUGAAGACAAGAGAGACAUAAUUAGGGUGAUCUAUUCUCUGCCCAUUUUCUCCCUUGUGUUUAUGACUAAAGACCAAGGGAGAAAAGGGUUUUGCUCAAAUGAUCUUUCUGAGUUCCUCCAUUUUUUUUAUCUGUCAAACAGGUGAAAAGACAUUUUGGCUGGUGAACUUUUGAAGUGUUUGUUUUUAUACUCAAUGUGACCCAAGACCUUCAGAAAUGAAAGCUUACUGGGAAGUCCUGUACAGAGCAUGGGAUAGAGGUGCACUACAGCCUCCUGUGGCUGAAGCAACAACAAACGUUUUGAAAAAAUGAUCCUAACAACAACAAAAAAGUAGUGAAAACAGAAAAUGUAGAUCAGAAAAUGGAUCAUCACUUGCCUCCCGAGGCUUCUGUAUGUUCUGGAUGCACUAAGCAUGUGAGGAAUCUACUAAAAUUAAGGGAAAUAAAAGGCCUUCCACAUGCUUUGACUCCUAACAGUCACUUUUCUGCAACCUAAGGCUGUGUUUAGUUAACACGAUGAUUUGGUGCUAUAGAAAAAAGGCCAACUUGCCAACUGGUGCCCAACUAUUUCAAUCACAGUGAAAAUGUCCACAUGAAGACUGCUUUGCUCCAAACAGCUCCUCCGUAUGUCCAUGUAGACCCCAGUAUGUGACAGGUCUGAGCACAGUCUGUUUGGUCAGAAACUUCAAAUGCCCUCUGAAGAUGCUAAUAUAGAACCACAACAAGCCUGGGCAAAAUCAAGCCUUUGAAGAAAAAAAAAAAGCGUGUUUCAAAUAUAUUUCUUAUGGACUGAUUUUGGAUUUUAAAAAAAACCUCCAGUAAAACUUUCCCCCUGCUGUCGUACCUGUGAGCUCCCAGUGUGUCCAUCAGUGCCAUCCAGUUGUGUACCAACAACUUUCAUCUCUGUCAUGAUGUGUCCUAGUAAUUGAAAGCACAGGAAAUACAGUUAAUUAAUAAGUGUUUGUUGACAAAGUUGUCCUGAACACUGAUCCUGAGUCAGUUUGGCCAAGUUCCCCCUCUGAUGUGUUGUGGUGAAGCAGAUUGUUAACCAGUGCGUGAGGGCAACAUGAUGCGAGGGCUGCCUCCUCAGUCUGUCCAUGUGUUGUUUGUCUUUAUACCAAGCUGCUGUAGUUGUACUGAAGGACUGAAGUGAACCUCGUGGUGUUAUGAUCAACCCAAAGCAACAUGCUCCUGUUGUUGUGUUGAGACUGAUGUUAGAAAACUCUGUUCAGUUCUGUUUAGUCUUUGUUUUGUCAGAUCAGUCGUUGUUUUUUGCUGUUUUUUCCUUCAAUCCAACUUGCCAUUUCUUCCUCAUUUGUAUGUAUUUGCUUCCCAGAAUGUGUUUUAUUUUAAAUGCCUACUGUACAGUUGGUUUUCAUUGUUUCUCUCCUCCUGGGUUGAUGGAAAUGUUCAACAGAAGUUCAUGCUGCCGAAUUUACAAAUGUAUUUUUUAUUAAAGAAUUAAUUAUU